CAGCACAAUGUGUGUACAUGGCGAGCAUGCCUUGAUAAAAUCACUCGUGGAUUCUAGUGAACUGCAAGUUUUCUGGGAAUGGAACUAAUGCGCAAAUAGUGUAUCGAUACCAUAAAUAAGCAGAUUGAGUUAGCCCAGCAGGUUACUGAGAAGGUGUUGCAUUGGUCGUCAGCUUGACAUUGUAAUUAGUGGUCUGGCGAAACCUGUGGCCAAGAUUAUGCAGAUUCCAUUAAUAGUGAGAGACAGGCAGAUUUGUGACAAUUUCUCUCAGGAGCUCGGCAACUAUGGAUGUGUCAGAGCAACAAGGUGGCACAAUGACAUGGAUGUCCAAUUCCGCGGAUCAAAACACUCUGGUUUUACAAGAUCCAGACUAUGGUCUGGACAUCCUUCGUCGCAUAAACACACUGCGAAGUGAACGUGUGUUCACUGACGCAUCCAUCUGUGUUGGGCAGGAGGAGUUCCCCUGCCACAGAAAUAUACUGGCUGCCAGUAGCCCCUACUUCAAGGCCAUGUUUACCAGUGAACUACGUGAGGGACUGGAAACUGUUGUGUCCAUUAAUGAGGUAUCUCCUUGGAUCAUAAAACGCAUCCUUGAAUAUGUGUACACAGGGCGUGUGGAGAUUACCACUGACAACGCCCAGGAGUUAUUGGCUGCUGGAAGUCUCUUCAACUACCCUGCUAUCAUUGAAGCCUGCUGCCAGUUCCUGAAAUGUCAACUUUUCCCUUCAAAUUGUUUGGGUAUCGAGAAUUUUGCGAUUUUACAUUCAUGUAAAAGGCUUCAGGAAGAUGCGCACAAGUUUGUAUUGGAGAAUUUCAGUGCUGUUGUGGAGUUCGAAGAGUUUCUGGAAUUCAGUGCUGAAAGACUCAAAGUGUAUGUAUCUAGUGACUGGAUUGAUGUAAGAAAAGAGGAAACUGUGUAUGAGGCUAUCAUGCGAUGGCUUCAUUUCGAUCUCGACAACAGAAAAUAUUACAUGUUUCAAUUACUGGAGUUUGUGCGUCUGCCAAUUGUGGAUAUGAGUCGUCUGAAACUGAUAGAGCAGGACCCACUUAUUCAAAGCUGUGAGAAAUGUAUGUUAUUGGUUAAGGAGGCUCAGGAGCAGCAUGAAUCCAUCCAUGACCAACAUGGCCGACGGCGACGCAGUAUGCAGAAUAGCCAGGUUCAUCCUAGACCGUCCACCGUUGCUAAGGAAAAGAUGGUUGUAGUUAGUGGAUGGAAUAGCUAUGUGACACGUAAGGUGGAGAUGUAUGAUCCUCAGAAGGACAGAUGGUCAGACUUACCCGAUUUCCCAAAAGCUGUGUCAUGGUUCAGCGUGUGUGCAGUGUCCAACUGCAUUGUAGUGACAGGAGGUAUCCUGGAUGCCAGGAUAAUACAGAACUGCUGGAAAUUUGAUAGUGUCAAACGAACAUGGAUCGAGAUUGCACCCAUGUUGAAGCCUCGCGCCAGACAUGCUUCGGAGACACUUGAUGAUCGUCUAUAUGUUUUUGGUGGCGUGACGUAUGGUGCCUUUAACUCUCAGAUUGACCUUGACCAUAUUGAGUGUUACGAUUCUAUCCUCAAUACAUGGAGUGUAGUAGGACGCUCCACGUUUCCACGGAAGCAGUCACAAGUGGUGUUAUUUGGGGACAUGUUGGUAGAGGUUGGGGGUUUACAGGGUGGAGGUCAAGAGGGAGGGGCAAAGGUCGACACAAUGGACAGCUACAAAUGCUCAGAGAAUGGUGAACUCCGCUCACCCGGAGAACAGUUCAUCCUGCCAGAACCAAUACAAUUUGCCAAAAUUCUUGUCAUAAAUGGAAUAUUCUACAUUAUAUGGGAAGAUUUGAAGAAAAUGAUAGCAUUAGACCCAAGCAGGCGCACAUUCCAGAGUCUUGCCGACACUCACUAUGCUCACAAGCACAGUGGGGCCACAGUACUUGGUGAUAAGGUCUACAUCACAGGGGGCCUCAUCGACUCCCGCCCAAGCAACAUAGUCGAGUGCUACGACACGACAACUGAUACAUGGACGGUCGGCAAGUCAAUGACAGAGACUCGUGCAUUCCAUGGUUGUGUGACAAUUCAAUUAUAGAAACUUUCUCUGAGUUCAAACAGUAUAUAUAUAAUGUAUGUAGCUGAGGUACAGAUGUAACAGCUAUAGCUCACUGUGAGGUAGAUUAUAACAGCUAUAUAACACUGGGGUACAGUUGUAACAUCUAUAGCUCACUGUGAGAUAGAGUAUAACAGGUAUAUAACACUGAGGUACAGAUGUAACAGCUAUAGCUCACUGUGAGGUAGAGUAUAACAGCUAUAUAACACUGGGGUACAGUUGUAACAGCUAUAGCUCACUGUGAGGAAGAUUAUAACAGCUAUAUAACACUGAGGUACAGUUGUAACAGCUAUUGCUCACUGUGAGGUAGAUUAAAACAGCUAUAUAUAACACUGGGGUACAGUUGUAACAUCUAUAGCUCACUGUGAGGUAGAGUAUAACAGGUAUAUAACACUGGGGUACAGUUGUAACAGCUAUAGCUCAUUGUGAGGUAGAUUAUAACAGCUAUAUAGCACUGGGGUACAGUUGUAACAUCUAAAGCUCACUGUGAGGUAGAGUAUAACAGGUAUAUAACACUGAGGUACAGAUGUAACAGCUAUAGCUCACUGUGAGGUAGAUUAUAACAGCUAUAUAGCACUGGGGUACAGUUGUAACAGCUAUAGUUCACUUUGAGGUAGAGUAUAACAGGUAUAUUACACUGAGGUACAGAUGUAACAGCUAUAGCUGACUGUGAGGUAGAUUAUAACAGCUAUAUAGCACUGGGGUACAGAUGUAACAGCUAUAGCUCACUGUGAGGUAGAUUAUAACAGCUAUAUAACACUGGGGUAAAGUUGUAACAGCUAUGGUUCACUAUGAGGUAGAGUAUAACAGCUAUAUAACACUGGGGUAAUGUUGUAACAGCUGUAGUUCACUGUGAGGUAGAGUAUAACAGCUAUAUAUAAUACUGGGGUACAGAUGUAACGGCUAUAGUUCACUGUGAGGUAGAGUAUAACAGCUAUAUAACACUGGGGUACAGUUGUAACAGCUAUAGUUCACUGUGAGGGGGAGUAUAACAGAUAUAUAUAACACUGGGGUACAGAUGUAACAGCUAUAGUUCACUGUGAGGUAGAGUUUAACAGCUAUAUAUAACACUGGGGUACAAAUGUAACAGCUACAUUUCACUGUGAGGUAGAGUAUAACAGCUAUAACACUGGGGUACAGUUGUAACAGCUAUAGCUCACUGUGAGGUAGAGUAUAACAGCAAUAUAACACGGGGGUACAAUUGUAACAGCUAUAGUUCACUGUGAGGUGGAGUAUAACAGAUAUAUAUAACACUGGCGUACAGAUGUAACAGCUAUAGCUCACUGUGAGGUAGAGUAUAACAGCAAUAUAACACGGGGGUACAAUUGAAACAGCUAUAGUUCACUGUGAGGUAGAGUUUAACAGCUAUAUAUAACACUGGGGUACAGAUGUAACAGCUAUAGCUCACUGUGAGGUAGAGUAUAACAGCUAUAACACUGGGGUACAGUUGUAACAGAUAAAGCUCACUGUGAGGUAGAGUAUAACAGCUAUAUAUAACACUGGGGUACAGAUGUAACAGCUACAUUUCACUGUGAGGUAGAGUAUAACAGCUAUAUAACACUGGGGUACUGUUGUAACAGCUAUAGUUCACUGUGAGGUAGAGUUUAACAGCUAUAACACUGGAGUACAGUU